AUGACCGCUGAAUGCACCAAAUUCUUCCAGUCUCUCUACAGCGGAGCAACCCCGGGCGUGCCAAAUCCUGCCUUCUGGGCUCAUAUCCCCCCCUCUUCACUCCCCCCCAGACUCCUCAACCAUCUGCAAGCUCCCUUUUCCCUACUGGAAAUUAGCAAGGCCUUAAACCAGCUCUCCCGUGGCAAAACCCCCGGCCCUGACGGCAUCCCGGGCGAGCUCUUCCGACAAUACAAGACCCGCUUCGCCCCCGCAUUUCUCUCACUCUUCUCCUCACCGCACAUCUCCGCUACCCUCCCGCCGUCAAUGCUGUCAGGCCGCACAGUCCUUAUUCCCAAGAGGGGUAGCUCCUCUAUGAUCGACAACCUCCGCCCUAUCACCCUCAUGAACUCGGACUACAAGGUGCUAGCCUUAUGCCUUGCCAAUCGGCUGCAACUCGCUCUUCCCCUGAUUAUCCGCCCCUCCCAAACCGCUUUCAUUAAAAGCAGAAAAAUUGGCGAUAUGAUCAACGAUACACUUGACAUUUUCGACUGGAGCACAAUCACGAAUACCCCCCUACUCGCCUUAACGGUUGACUUCCGCAAGGCCUAUGACCUGGUCGAUCGAGCUUUCCUCUUCCAAGCGCUUGCCAGGGUGGGACUCCCCGAGCAGUUUAUCGCCUGGCGCUACCUAUCGCUCUUCCUCCCGGGUUUCCCCCUCUCUCCGACGCAGCGCCGUCUCAUGGCCUGCUACGCUGACGACGUCACCAUCUUCCUCUCCUCUGUUAGAGAGCUUGGGACCACACUCAUACACUCCGGACCUUCGCCGCAGUCUCAGGAGAACACCCCAACUGGAACAAAUGCUCAAUAA